GAUUUGCCUGCCUGCCUACAUGUCGGACCACCUGAUACUCAAGCAGAAAUAAUACCCCAAGAAGACACCAUCAACGCGAGGGAACGACUCUUUUACAGUGACGCAACAUCAUGGAUAAACUCCUUUUGACUAAAGUGUUCGUGGUCUUAGCUAUGAUGGGUAUUUUCUUCGUCACGAUAAUGUACCUGGAUGUCAUCCCUAUACAUAUAAAGUAUCUCACCAAACAGUUCCCGACAGACAACGAUAUCACCAAAAGCUCACGGACAGUGACCAUAACCGAAAGACGAGCCACCAAUGUGCCUUCGUUAAAAGACGAUAAGAUGCAUUCUAAAUACAAAACUGCUAUCAAGACUGCCUUGAAAUUCCCAAGGGCGGCUAUUUCAAGAAACAUCCUGGAUCGCUAUCCUGAGUACCGCCAGAUACAGCGAGUUGAUGAUUUUAAGGAGCUUUAUGAUCCUCGCUUUUCUGUGGUAGAGCUUGACAGAAAAUCAGGGUCCUUAACAGCUGGUUCACAACUCACGAUCAGAAUAUCUCUUUAUAAUGGCUAUAACCAGUCACUGACUCAAGGAGGCGAUCUACUCAAUAUUUGGCUUCGGAAUACGGAAGGAACCUCGAUUGUGGCUGGUGACGUAGUCGACCAUAUGAACGGUUCUUACACAGGUCACGUGAUGGCGUUUUGGGCCGGAGAUGUCGCUGUAAAACUUACCGUCACAAACACGAAAGAGGGAAUCGGCUUAUAUACCAAUUACGUACACGAGCAUGGGUCUUACAAGUUUAUUAAUGCAACAUUUUCUGAGAACAAGAAAACUGAAAUGACUCAAUGUGCACCAACGAUGUCUUCUUGGUUGAACCAAAGAUACGGAGGAUUCUGUAACCUGACUAAGGAAAAUUACAAUAUUUCUUUAUUCUGUGGGAAGCCGAGGUCCGUUUCGUGUAGGAACUGGGAAAAAUAUGGCUGGGAUGAUUCACUGUAUUUUGAUGGAAAUGUAGAGAAAAUACUUCGCUACAAGGAUGUGUUAUUGAAAGAAAUACAACUGACUAUUGUUCCAAGUUCUUAUGGCGAUCUAGAUUAUCCAGUACCUAAAACACCAUGCAAUGCUUUGCAGCCCGCUUUGACAUGGAACAGCACAGUACCAUCCGGUUUCCUCUAUAGUGGAAAGUAUCACAACCUGAUAUGCCAAACAACAAUGGAUCCGAGUUGGGAGAAAUAUCGGGCGUGUCUAAGAGACCGACAGGUUAUUUCCAUUGGAGAUUCUACAACUAGACAAUGGUUCCUGCGUCUGGUGACCAUUUUGGGAAUACAAAAUUCCACUGGUAUUCCAUCAUAUGUUAAAUGGCAUAAUUUCGCUCAUGCCUUUAACCAUACACUUGGACUUGACAUUGAAUGGCAACCACAUGAGCUUCCGUUCCACGGGACUCCGGGUUCGAACAGAAAGAACAUUAAAUCUGUAGCCUAUAGGCUUGACAGAAUUCCUGGUAAAAGCACCGCCAUCAUUAUUAUCCACUGGUACGCCCAUAUCGCCAGGUGUUGUGACCACGUAGCCUUACGAGAGCAUGUGCGAAAUGCAAAAACGUCCAUAAUGAGGCUUCUGAAAAGGUCACCGGAUGUUCAAAUCUUCAUUAAAGGUCCUCAUCUCAUAACAUAUCACAACGCUAUAAAGCCGUAUGCUUAUAUAGGUAUGUUCGUGGAACAAGUUUUACGGGAAGAGUUUGAUAAUUUAAGUGACAGAAUCAUCUACCUUGAACAGUGGGACAUGUCGAUAGCCGCAGAAAAUAUCAAUAUUCAUCCUUACGAUAUUUUGGACGAUAUAUCAUUAAAUAACCUAAUAAAUUUUUCGUGUAAAUAUCCAAAUUAGAACGGGGAGGUGCAAUAACACAAAGAAUUCAAAGCGUAAAAUAAAAUUCAAAUUUUAAUUUCAAACGAACAUUUAACACAUGAUCUGAACCUUACCACUUUUCAAAUGCAGGUUACGACAAACUACUUUGGUUGUUUGCCACCUUCAAUGGGUUGUACAAAACAAAACAUACACAAUGCUUGCAUCUUUUAUUUCAGAUACAGUGUUAGGUUGAGUAGAGCGAAUUAAACUGCAUCCUAUAUAGUAUGAUAAGAGAAAAGUUAUCUGAAUAUUUCUUUGUUCAAUUAAUUCAUUUACUUAGACAUCACAAAUAUGUAUGUAUAUAUAUUAAUUAUAUACAUGUAUAUGUACACAAUUUCUAAAUAUAAGGAUUGACAGGUUUCAAGCCCCUAUACAGUAAAUGUCCUCAAACACCGGGGGGCUUUCAUACUCCACUCGUCUUUCAUUAAAAUUUUAUGCAAUCAUAAUGCAUACCUACAUCCCUAAUUAUAUGCAUUGCAUUUUAAUAUAUAUAAUCGUUAAAUUAAAUAAUAUUUUACUGUUUUCUUGUCCUACCGUUAGUUAAUGAAUAUUAGGGUUUUUAAUGCAUAAUCUUUCGUCUGUUUAGCAAGUGGCCACGACUGAAACAACUUGUCGAUAGUUUUGUGUUGAUUUUUUGAGUUGUGUUUUGAUUGAAUUGUUUUGUUCUGCGUUUUUUUGUCGAUUUGAAAUGCCUCUCAUCCUAUUGUUUGUCUUUAUUAAGAGUGUAGUAGAUAGUAAGCUAUUCUAAUAUUACGAGUUAUGAUUAGAGUAGCAUCUACAAUUUGGUUGUGUUGUCUAGAUACAUUAUUGGAAAGCCAAUCUCAGCAAUGUACAUAUACCUAAUGUUGUGUUACAAAGUAAGAAUGGAAGUAAAUGGAUGAAUAAGCUAUGUUUAUAUGACAUUUAAUUUUGAAUAUGUAUAUUUAUAUUUCCCCAAUUGCUCGAAACCUAGGGGCCGCGGUGGCCGAGUGGGUUGGCGAAACCUACGUUACAGUUAUAUUUCCCCAAUCACUCGUGAUCUCGAUAAAAUAACCUGUUUUUUUAUACAGUACUUCUCGAUCACAUGUGAUCUCGAUGAAAAAAUCAUCAGUUACAUUUCCCAAUCACUCGUGGUCUUAAUUACAGAACAAUAAGUUAUAUUUUCUCAGUCUCUCUUGAUCUUGAUGACAGAACUAUUUUUUUUUUGUAUUUUCCCAAUCUCUCGUGAUCUUGAUUUAAGAAUCAUUUAUUAUAUUUUCCCAAUCACUCGCGAUCUUGAUUACAGAGCAAUUAGUUAUAUUUCUCCAGUCUCGUAAUCUCGUAAUACAGAACCAUUUUUUAAAUACUUUUCAAGUCUCUCUUUAUAUUGAUUACAGAAACAUUUUUUUUUAUAUUUUCUCAAUCACUCUUGGUCUUGGUUUUAAAAUAUAUAUUUAAAUAUAUAAUAUCAAUCACGCGUGAUCUUGAUUACAGAACAACUAAUUAUCUUUCACUUGCCCCUCCUUUUUGGAUGGAUUGGGACGGCUGGUUCGCCCGAUGUCAAUAUGGUUUGAUAGGAUGAGAUAUCCUGCUGUGUCUUAGGCAGUAUACUAGCUAGCACUAUAUAUCAAGUCGCCAUUACAAGAAGUGAGACACUCAGAUACUGCAGCAUCCCAAAACAUACAGAUACACACGACGCAUGCACCUCUCGUAGUAGAAUAGCCAUCCUUAAAUGACCAUAGCAGUUAAUCUCGCAAUUUCGAUUACAGUACUACUAGUUAUUUCUUGGAAGCAUGGUAGAAGCAUGGUAAAAGCUUAAAUGUAAUCAGCAACGAUUGUUCUGUUGAAGAGCGGUUUUAUCUUUCAAGUUCGAGUUAUGAAGAAACCAGAUGCACUUUGGUCUGUGAUCGUUUGCGAUGUAUUGUUAUUGAAAAUUUCUUUCUGAAAAUAUUUAAGUAAAUCACGAGAUUGAUAUCAAAUUAGAAGUUUAAGAACAUCGUUUUCCAUUUUUCCACAAAAAUAUAUCGGAGAAUAUGAAAGUACUUUUAAAACAUUGAGAAAAAUGUUGGCAGUUAAAAGCAUAAUUUUUAUUUUCAUAAACUUGUUGAUAGUUAGAUAUGGUUUUAGUCCCGUUCCAAGUGAAAUCGAGGGAAAUGUGGUUUCCUCUCCGUCCGUUUUGUAUGAAUGUACGUAUGUAAGUAAUGCCAAAAUUUGUAAGUGAUGUAGCGGCUUCAUUCCAUAAGGAUGUUUGAUCAAAUGUUAUACAAUCAUAAACGAUCACUGCUGCUAUUAUUUAAGGAGAUAGGCGACAUGUAUUCUUUUUAAUACUCUGUAUACUUAUUGAAUAUUUCCAGAAGUAAUAUUUCUGAUGACAUGUUUGCAGUUUCGUAAAAGGCAGCAUCUCAUUUAUCGUAUUCAAUUGACAAAAAUCGAAACAAUGUGACAAUUUUUUUUAUGCAUAAGAAGUCUUUUAUAGCAAUAUACAUUAUUUUUCUUAAAAAUAAAGAUGUAAACAUAAUUUCAUACGUGUUUUUUCUUUUCACUUUUAAUCAUUGACUUAAAAAUUAUUUUGUUUCAGCAGUGCCAAUUCAUGCAAAAGCUUAGUGAAACUUAGUGAAAUAAGUAUGUCCUCAUUCAUUAAGUAUAACAAUUUAUUGCAUUUUUGCCAGUGAAAAAUAGAAAUUUAUCAAACUGUUAAAAUUGCAUUUUACUGCAGUGAUUAGCUAUGAAAAUGUAUGGUUUUGCAUAGGAAUUAUAAGUUUUCUUGUGAAAAUAUUAGUUUUUUUUUACCAAUCAGAGCGAACCUUAUUAAAACUUGCCGAUUUUGCCAAUCGGUGCGAAGAUAGAUACACGUUUGUUUUGCUGUAUUUCUGAAAUAUUCAGACUAGUUUUUGACAAAAUACUUGACGUUAGCUGUUCAUCUACAGAUUCUCCAAUAACAGCUGAACUUUCAAAAUGGCGCCGUCAAAUUGACGUGGAGUAACAUCACAAAGAGACGACUUCAUGAUUUUGUUAGGGAUUCCCGCACUUUUUG